CCAAGUUCUGCAAACAUGAGAAGAAAGAGAACUCGAAGUACAGUUGUUGUUAUCACAGUAUCUGAAGAAAGAAGAUAUAUACUGUAGUAUAUGUCUUCAAACACAGCUGAUCCCCUUGAACUACUGCAGUAUGUUGAAAAGAGCUUGGUGGCUAGUCGUGCCAUCGUAACUCCGCGGGAAAUUGAAAAUGAAUACAGUUCGUUAUAUGUGCUUGCAGACAAAGAUCUGUCAAGGAUAUAUCGUUACCUAGACACUCUGCAGAGGAUUGAAGAGGAAUAUGGUUCAUUCCGUGUGUUCUCAGACAACUCUCAUCUCGUUGAAACUGCUGAGCGGAUUCAUCAGGAAGGCAUUAGUUCAUCCCAUGCCAACGAUUAUCCUUUUUUAGAGGGACCUCCUGAUGUUGCUAACACUAUGGAGCAACAACAACAACAACCCAGUGAAAUCCCACAUCGUGGGAUCUGGGGAGGGUAGAGUGUACGCAGACCUUACUCCUACCAAGGUAGGACGGCUGUUUCCGAAAGACCCUCGGCUCAAUAAAA